UAUAAAACUCGAGGACUUUGAGGUUCUAUAUAUAUGCUCUUUCUCGAAACCGCGUUUUCGUGUCGUGAAGAUUACAAAGUCUGGAAUUACAUGAGUGGCGGCGGCUGUCGGGCGGCGAUAAGGGUGGUUCAAGGGAUGAAUAAGGAGCAGCUGGUCCCCAAGUAUGGCGGCGAUCACUCGGCGGGAUUCAAUUCGGCUCUUAAGGACACCGCUUGCGGCGGCGACGUCGGUGGUUCGAUGCAUGCCAGGAGGUUUUCCGGCGUCGUUGAUUCUUGCUCUUUGAAGGCUUCUAAAGCCGACGAGAAACUGAAACAUCAGGCUGAGGAAUCUCUCCGGACCGUCAUGUACUUGAGCUGUUGGGGUCCGACAUAGCAUCCGUACAAGGCUCUUCUUGUUUGUUUGUUUCUUUAUUAUUAAAAAAAAAAUUAAUCUCCAUUUUAUUUUUUUUACAGAAGGAAUUGGAAUAUGUAAAUAUGUUAUAGUUUUGUACAAGUGACAAUGAUUAUAUGCACAUUAUUUAUUGAUAUCUCAA